GUCAAAAAAAUUAAAUCAAAAAUCAGCUUCAGUCAUCCGUCAUCGGUUAUCUUAAUCAGAACCACUAAUCAUGUCUGAGGGUUCCUUUUUCAAGGAUUUUAUGGCAGGUGGCAUAUCAGCAGCCAUUGCCAAAACAGCCGUUGCUCCAAUCGAACGUGUCAAACUUGUCUUGCAAGUGCAAGAUGCCAACAAGCAAAUUGCGGCGGAUAAGAAAUAUAAAGGCAUUGUGGACGCGUUCAUCCGCAUCCCCAAAGAACAAGGAUUCUUUAGCUUGUGGCGUGGAAAUUUGGCAAACGUCAUCAGGUACUUUCCGACGCAGGCGCUUAAUUUUGCGUUCAAAGACACAUACAAGGACCUAUUCUUGACUGGUGUCGAUAAGAAGACGCAGUUCUGGAAAUUCUUCUUUGGAAAUUUGGCUUCGGGCGGUGCAGCUGGCGCCACUUCUUUAUGUUUCGUUUAUCCUUUGGAUUAUGCUAGAACCCGUCUGGGUGCCGACGUUGGUAAAAGUUUGAGCGAACGUCAAUACACUGGACUAGUCGAUUGUAUCAAGAAGACCUUCGCUUCUGACGGACCUAUCGGUUUGUACAGAGGUUUCAUUGUCUCUGUUCAAGGUAUAAUCAUUUACAGAGCAGCAUAUUUUGGAUGUUUCGAUACCAUCAAAGGUUUCCUGCCGGACCCAAAGAACACUCCAUUUGCGAUUACAUUUUUAAUUGCUGAAACAGUCACGGCCUUAUCAGGUUUGCUCUCAUAUCCAUUCGACACUGUUAGAAGAAGAAUGAUGAUGCAGUCUGGAUUGAAGAAGACCGAAGUUAUGUACAAGAAUACUUUGGACUGUUGGGUGAAAAUAGCUCAGAAAGAAGGUCCGGCUGCGUUUUUCAAAGGUGCACUUUCUAAUGUUUUUAGAGGCACAGGAGCUGCACUCGUACUUGUGUUUUACGAGGAAUUGCACGAUUUGCUGUAAAAUUGAAGUUGAACUGGCGGAUGGAGUAUGUGAUUGUUAAUUCUCUCAUUCAAAAAAUAAAUAUUGGAAACUA